CUGAUAAAUACUGCAUCAACCUGCUGUGCCAAUGAGUCAGCGUUAGCGCACAGCUGCAGGUCCGGGAGCUUUCUCUCGCUUUUUCCACCUUUAAUAUUUCUAAGCUGUUCAUUAGCUGGAUAUGGAUCAGUUUCGUAGUUUAUUUAUCAAACUAGACCAAAACAAGGAUGGCUUCAUAUCAGUGGCAGAGCUUCACAGUGAAAUGAGAAAACAUGGGAUCCUAUCAGUGGAUGACAAAGCCAAGAAUAUUGUUGAUUGUUAUGAUCGUGACAAAGAUGGCAAGUUGGAUUAUGAAGAGUUCCUGAGCUACAUGAUGGACAGAGAGAAAACGUGGAAAAUCCACUUUCACCAUCUUGACAAGGACAAAUGUGGCGUCAUUGACCAGGAGGACAUCAUAUGUUUGUUUAAGGAGUUAGGACUGGUCAUUUCAAAGCCGAAUGCAAAAAAAAUUAUACAAAUAAUGGAUAAGGACAGUUCCAUGACUGUGGACUGGGGGGAAUUCCUGCAUCAUGUCAUCUUGAAUCCUGUGGACAGUAUAGGAGAACUGGUGUCCUCGUGGAAGCACAGUCUGGUUUUUGAUGUGGGUGAGAGCCGGUCUAUGCCCAUUGAAUUCCCAGAAGAGAGAUCUGGCUUUGGUGCCUGGAGAACAUUUGUUUUUGCAUCCGGACUGGCAGAUGCAGUAUCCAGAACUGUGACAGCACCCAUCGACCGCCUGAAGACCCAACUCCAGGUUGUUGGAUCUAAGGCCUUCUCCCAAGGUUUUCAGGAGCUGAAGGCAGGUGGUCUGAGAACUAUGUGGCAAGGCAACGUCGUUAAUGUGCUGAAGGGAACACCGCAGUCAACACUGCAGUGUUUUAUCUACGCCCAGAUGAAGGUAUACACCCAAAACAGAACCCAGGAGACCCUUUCGGUGCAGCAGCGUUUUGGCUUGGGUUGCAUCUCUGGUGCUGUUGCUCACGCUGCCUUCUACCCAUUAGAGGUGUUGAAGGUGAGACUGAACCUGCAACAAGCAGGCACCUAUAAUGGUGUUGUGGCAUGCGCCCAAACUAUUUAUAGACAUGAGUCUUUGUCAUCGUUUUAUAGAGGAUUCAAGCCGAGUAUUCUGUGUAUGAUCCCCUAUGCAGGCGUGGAAUGUGCAGUUCAUCAGUCAAUCAUGAACUGGGCAAAGAGUGAUCCAGCUUAUAACAGUGACUCCAAACUGUUCUUCUUCAGUUUUGUUGCCUUCGCCUCAGGACAAAUAACCAGUUACCCGCUGGCAGUGAUCCGGACUCAGCAGCAAGCACAAGCUUUCUGCCCAGAGUCACAUCCCACGUCCGGUGUGUUACAAGAACUUAUUGGGAUAUAUGGAAGAUGUGGAAUUAGAGGAUAUUAUAAUGGCAUGGGAGCCAGCUUUGCCCGAGCAAUUCCAUGUGCCUUGAUAAACUACACUUUAACCACAAAAUUUGAAAGAAUGUUUUCUUCAACUUCGUCUUGAGAUUUGUUUUCUGUGCCAGACAGGUUUGUGUGCUGAACUUUUGUGUUUAAGUUUCUUCUUUCAGGGAUGUAAUGAGGAAUACUGACAAAUUAGUCCCAAAAACAAUUGGAAUCUGGGGAGAAAAGGGCUCAGACUCAUCAAAUUAAUAUUUUGACAGUGGGGGUGGCCAGAGCAAACCUUAAAGUUACCUUUGAUAACUGCUAACCUGCUGCAGAAAU